AUGAGCCGCCUGUCUGGACGCCUACGGUCGGGGGGAGGUGGGGGGGUGGGGUGCGACGGGAGGGCUGUAGCGGAGGAGCAGGGGUGUGAGGGGGCGCAGGCGGCGUAUGGGGGGGAAGGGGCUGUAGGGGUACAGGAGGGGGUCACAGUGGAACCCAGCGCUGAGGCUGGAGCUCAGGAGACCUUUGAACUUUUACCCUCCCCCUCACCCCCCUCCCUGGCUAACGGUCUUCACCUGCACAGGAGGCCUGUCCUUGGAACACGCAGACGGAGGCAGACAGAGACACAUACACACACCGACACACACACCGAUGCUCCAACACACACACCUGGACAGACAGUCAUAGGCAUGCAGACACACAAGGACGUCCAAAUGCACACACCUGCAAAGACGUGCACGUACGCUCACACACACACAGGCGCUUACACACACAUGGAUGCUCACACACACUCGGACUCUGCCGGUCCAGAGCAGCCCAGAACUGAUUCAUCACCAGAGACUCACACCAGAUCACCUCAGCGACAGGCCCUCCUGCCUGUCAAUCAUUCAGCCUGCACCAAUCAGCAAGCUGCUUUCUCUCCCUGCAGCCCCCCUCCUCCACACUCUGCAAACAGAGACACGCCCCCAGCCAUUAGCCCUGCCCCUAUUAUUAGUUCAACACCUCUUGAUCUCUCUAAACCCUCAAAAGCUAUUGGUCCAAAUCUUCCAGGCCAUUCUCCUAUUGGUCCACCCUGUCCAGACCUUUCUACUAUUGGUCCAGACCCUGUAGAUCGUUCCCCUGUACCUGUUGAGGGUGAGAGAAAGUAUGCGCUUCGUAGCUCUGGUCGACCUCGCUUCCCCUGCCAGCUACGCAAGUCUUCCCGCAUCCGCCGAUCCACCGAGGAUGGAGAGAGAAGGGGAGGGAGGGAGAGCGAGAGGGAGGAGAGGGAGGAGGAAGAGGAAGAGGAGAAAGAGAGGGUGAGUAUACAAGUGAAGGUAGAGCGCCCCACAGUGGAGGAAUGUCUACCUGCAGCCUCCAAGCCUGCAGCCUCCAAGCCUGCAUACUCACCUGUACCAGUACCCGUAGCACCACGCCCCUCACCACACCCCUCACCACGCCCCUCCUCUCACUCCGCCCCCCGGCCAUCGCCCAAACCCCAACAUAGAACUUCAACCAAAUCCCAACCCAAACCUUCAACCAAUGCCAAACCAAAAUCCCAACCCAGACCAUCGAUGAAAGCCUCACCCAAACCUUUGCCCAGAUCAGCAACCAAUCCCAGACCAGCAACCAAUCCCUCACCUCGUCCAUUGACCAAUACCGUGCCCCGGCCGGCAGUGAAGAAGGAGGAGCCUGGUGAUCUAGAUCCCCCCACCAAACGGAAACGCCGGUUCGUUGGUGUAAGUUCAAGUUCUAGUAUAUUAUUAAUCACAUAGCAGUCAAAACAAACCAAAUCCCAUCUCGUCAUGUUGAUUUGACAUCACUUGACAACCAGAGUUCACCCGGGAAAUAAUAUUUGUGUUUGUGUGUUUGUGUUUGUUCCCCAGGUGAGGCGUAUCGUGGUGAAGGUAGCUCGUAUCCCAGUCAACCUCAGCCGACGCCAGAAGAGCUACAAGAUUUCCUCCAUGGAGACAGUUGAGAAGGGCGGGGCAGGUGGCGAGGGCAGGUUGGAGGGAGCCGAGAGGGGGACAGCGGUAGUCCGAGAGCCGACUGCGCUCCUCCGUAUGAAGAACAACGGGAAGAGCGUGAUGGUCAUGUUCCCGCCUGGAGAACUCCCGGUGAUCCUGAAACGUCGCCGCGGCCGACCUCCCAAACAGGUUGUACCUGGAACGCCAGAUAAAACCACCGGUGGGAAUGGCGAGCCCAAGAAACCUCGUCGGCGCCGGCGGGCCAAGCUCCCGUCUCCGCAACCGUCGUACGUGAACGACACCAACGACGUGAAGACGGAGUACGGAGACGUUCUGUCCAAACUGGCAUUCCUCAACCGCCAACCGCCGGCCACUGGCCGCUGCUCCCCACCACGCUGCUGGACACCCAGCGAACCGGACAGCUUUCACAUGCCGUCCGACAAUCCUGGGAUCUCCGCCCUGCUCCACCGACUCACAGGGUUCAGACGCAGGGGAGGCAGGGGGGGAGCCAUUGGGGGCAGGGGAGGAGGAGCAGGGGGAGGAGCAGGAGGAGCCGGGGGAGAGUGCUUCAAGAGCUCCUUCAGCGACUUUUUUGAGAUGAUCGGGAAGAAAAGGAAAGCGACCCCCGCUCUGUCAGAACCAGGGUUACUCAAGAAACGAGGGAAGGGUGGGGGAGGCAGGGGAGGAGGGGCUGCAGGGGGGGAGAUGGGGGUUGGGGGUGAGGGGGGGAAGCCAGUGAGGAAACGACGCUCGCGCAAGAACGGGGUUCUGAAGGGGGAGGCAGGGGGGCAGCUAGAGCAAGACUGGUCUAAUGGGGGAGUUGUCUGGGGGGAAGAGGGGGGAAGCAUGAGGGAGAGAGGGCCAGGAGGGUACCAGGUCUGUGGCUCCCCGAGAGGGGGCUUCCCGUCCUGUGAGGGGGGGAGAGGAAGUGCGUACGGCAGCCCUGGGGGCAGCAGAGGAGGUGGAGGUGGAGAGGAGCCGCAGGGUUUGUUUGCUGGAUAUUUCCGCUCCCUGCUGGACUCUGACAACUCCUCAGACCUCCUGGACAUCUCCUCCAAUCGCCCCGACCCCAGGAAACCUCUUCACACCCCGGGCUACGACUCCUCCAGCCCUGCCCACGGCCCAGCCCCUCGCUGGUCCCCAGCCUUCCCCAAACGCAGCUCCAAAGGCGAGCCAAGGGAGAACCCAACCCAACAUCAUCCCUCUUCCUCCUCUUCUUCCAGACCUCCUUACAGUUAUAACCUGUCCCAGAACUCCCCUACCACCUCCUCCUUCCCCAAGUCCACCCCUCCCUCCCUCCCUCUGUCCCGAUCUCCCAGCUCCCCCCAUCCCUCCUCCUCCUACGGUCAGUACCCGUCCAGCUAUUCCUCCUCCUCUCCUGCGGGGGGCAGCACAGCGCCACAAAGACCCGCAGACUGCAGCUUCGCAGCCUACGGGGCAGCAGGGCUGAGUAAGGCCUCCACGGCCACCACCGUAGGCCAGGGUCAGAUGGGAUAUUCCAGUUUUUCCAAGCGGGGCUAUGGGGGCUACCCUGGGCAUGUUGGACCAUCUUCUCCAGGGAGAGGGGGUUAUAUGGCCAUGGCCAAGAACAGCCCCUUCCCCUCCUCAUCAUCUCCAGAGGGAUACAGACACUACCCCUCCAACCAGUGGAACUACAGGUAAGUAGCUUCAGGUAGGUCUAAAUUGCCUAGAACCACAAAGUUUGGAUUAGAUUACUCUACCACAAUCCUACCCUAACCUCUUAUAAGUGUGUACAGUAUGUGUUUGAGAUACAUUACACUACAUUGCAGUCGGACUGCUUAGAAUCCCUGAUCUACAAAAUCACCUUGGGUCCCAAAUAAGUACUUAUUAUGUUAUUAAGGUUAGCGUGUCUGUGGUUCGCCUUGCUGAAACUGAUCCUAUGCUGUGUGUGUGUGUGUGUGUGUUGCAGGCAGGGCUAUGGUGGCUGGGCGGCGGACAGUCUGGGUCAUCUUUACCCAGGAAGCUACAGUGACUAUGUCACCCCAGGCCCCAGCGAGCCCAAAGACAUCCUGGACAUCUCCAACUACACCCCCCAGAAGGCCAAGCGACAACCCUUCCUCGAGAGCCUAUCAGAGUCCUCCUCUGACUCCUCCCACCUAGGGGUCACCGGGUCAGGAGGCGGGGUCAGUGGCGGAGGCUCGGGGUCAGGCUCCGGAGGCGGGGCUUACAGGCAGGGUGGAGGGAGGGAGUCUCUUCCUAUUGAUGGAGAGGGAGGUCAAGGCCAGUCCAGCCUAUCAAGUCUGGAGAAGCUGAUGAUGGACUGGCAUGAGAGCGCCUCAGGCCCCUCCUACAACUGGAGCCAGAACGUUCUCUUCCAGGGGCAGGGGAAGCACAGCCGGGGGCGCAGGAAACGGAAUGCCACCGAACCCCAAACGGAGAAGGAGGGGGGUGGCGGACCAGGAGCAGGACCAGGGCCCACCCCAGACUCUCCCACCAGCCCCCCAGCCCAGACCCAGCCCUCCACCCCAACCCAGGGCUCUGGUGGCAAACGCAGUGGAAUGGGGGGACGGCAGGCCAGGGGGGUGAGAGGAGGCAGAGGAGGGCUGUCCCCGUCCCCUGGAGAGCGCCCCCCAGGGGGGAAGAAGAGUAAGGCUGCUGGGGGUGGGGUUGGAGGUGGAGGUGGAGGGGGUUCUGCUCAGGGGGGGUUGUUCCAGGAAGGCCUUGACUACUACAGUGGAGACAGCAGCAGCCUCUCCCCCCUCCCUACCCCCGCCCCACAUCUCGGCUACCCCACCGAACCCUGUGAGUACCCCUCCCCGUCCCCUUACUCCGCCCACCCCUCCACCCCAUCCUCAGAGGAGCACUACCCAGCCCUGUUCCCAGGUGAGGCCUCAUCCUCCUCUCUCUCCCCUGGAAUGACUUCCGCAUCCUCCUCCUAUCCUCCCAAACUAUCCCCCGCUCCCCAGCCCUACCACCCCCCUCUCACCCCUGCUCCUCCCCCCGCCUCCUUCUCCCCCUCCUGCUCCCCAUUGCCACGGUUACUGCCACAGUGUGGAACAGCGCUGAGCCCCCCCCAUCGUAACCUGGCAACCACCUCCAAGGACCACUUCCCCUCCCAGUAUGAUUCUCCCAGCUACUGUAGCUCCCCCUAUUGGUACGGAGGGGCAUCGCUCAGCGGCAGCCCCAGCCCCCACGCUAACACACACACCACUACACACACACAUGCUAACGCACAUGGCAACACACAUGUACACGCUAAUGUUAACACUCAUGCUAGCCCUAACAAUCACCCUAACCCUAACCCUCACACUACUGCACACCCACACACCAACACACACACACACCCUAACAGCAACCCUCAUGCAAACAUGAGUCCACACACACCUCAGACAAGCAUGAGCCCACACACACACCCUAACCCCAACACCAACCCUCACACACACACCAACCUCCACAUCAACACACACCUUCAUUCAAACCAGAACCAACAUCCUCAUCCACAUCCACACCCCCACCCUAACACUUACCCCCACCCCCAUCCCAACACCACCCAACACUCCCACCCUAACCUCUCCUCACACACUCACCCCCACCCUCACCACAACCCUAACCUCUCCCCCCACUCCCACGCUCAUCCCCUGCUUUAUGAGGAGCGCCCCCCUCACAGCGCCAUGCCCCCCCAUGGUCCCACCCAACCUCACAAACGGGACCUGCCCCACCACCUCAACUCAGGGCUGCGACCAGCCCCCCUGCAGCUCUCCCCGUACCCCUCCCCCCACCACAAGCCCCCCCUGGCGUCCUCGCCGCAUUCUGAGGACAUGGGUUACCCCCCGUACCCCGGGAUGCACCCCCGCUACCACCCACAGCCCCCGCCUCGAGGAGGAGGAGGAGGAGGAGUGCUCUGUCAGCUACUAGACCCCCCCAGCGAUGACAGCUUCAGUGUCACCAGCUUGUAG